CAACACAACGGUUACUUUAUUUAUAUUCACUUUUCUUUCCUUUCCUUUCCUUUGCUUCCUCUUCACUCCUUCUUUUCUUCGCACUCUGUUGAAACAAACAGUUGAAUUUACAGUUACAACGGUACUAACUAACAUGCCAACGGAGAAUCAGAAAAUGGCGAAGAAAUCGAUCGGAAACUUAAUGCGAAAAAGACUUUCUGAUAUUACAAAUUCUUCUCAGACAAUUCAACAAGAAAAUCAUAACAACUACAACACACUCUCACUUGAUAAUGAUUCCAUUCAACAACUUCUCAAGGAACGAGCGAAUUUAAUCAACCUUCUUUCAGAUAGAAAUAAAAUGAUAGAAAGGAGUGGAGCUGAAUUGCAGAGACUGAGAGCUGAUAUGAAGAAGUUGCAAAUGCAAAAUUGGAAUCUUGCUCAGUCCAAUAGUCUCAUGUUGGCAGAGCUUAACUUGGGGAGGGAUAAAAUAAAAACACUGCAGCAUGAACUUUUGUGGAGAGCUGCUUUGAUUAAUGGCAACACCUUCAAAAUGCAGGAAAAAGUGGAGAUAGACACUGAAAAAGUGGAGAUAGACACUGAAAAGAAUGCAUCAUUAUCACAAUUACAGGAAGAAGAUGAAAAAGAAGUACAGCAAUCCCCGAGAAUUAGCAAUGAUGAUGAAAAACAAUGUUGUUUAACCAGGAGACGCGUUAGGAGUAGAUCUAUUGGUUCUUCUACUGCUUCCAGAAAGAAUAAAAGCAAAGAAAAGGUUAAAGACAAUAGGAGAAGUUUGAGGAGACAUUCUGCGGCGUCAAAGGUCCAUGUACACGAACCUCUAGAAAACUUGUUUGAGAUAGAGGAUGCUCAAUAUGCUAUCACUCAAUCUGGACAUAAUAUCAAGCUGAGUACUCCAUCUGUGAAAACUGAAAGAGGAGAAAGCUCUAGUUUAAGAAAUGAAGCACCAAGACAUUCUUUUGGAAGACCGUUGCGAAGGGCAGCUGAGAAGGUUCCAUCCUACAAAGAGGUUCCUCUUAAUGUCAAGAUGAGAAGGCUAGCAUAAACCAAAUAUUGUAGGAAAAUAUUCUUCCUUUAGCCAUUUCUGAUUUUACAUCAUAAACUGAUGUUGAUCUAUGCAUGUUGUAUGUAUCCUAUGUUGUCAUUUGUUUGUUAAGUUUUCAUUCAUGAAGUUUAUACAACUUCAUUGUAUUUUUCAUGAAAUGAAAAUAGUUGACACACAUUAGACAAGUUUUACUAUUUUCUAUAGUUUGAUUUAUGUUUUUUUA